ACUGUUAGUGGAAGAAAUCAAUCAUUUAUCUUGAAUAACAUCAAGCUUUGAAACCUUGUGGUUACCCAGGCAUUCCCAAAGAAGUUACAUCAUGAAUUUUAAAUGGAAGGGUAAUAUACACAGGUAAGUGAAGACUGAUUACUCCUAACUCUUUCAUCACUUGAACCACAGAGAGCAUGGUGUCGUCGGUGAUAUGAGGGAUGCAUGGCCCAAUGCUCGGGUGAGGAAAAAUGUCUCCUUGAUACGCACAUACCAUGGAUUCAAAGGUGAUAAACAAGGAGCUAUCGAAUUCUUCAAGUUAAUGUUCAGAGCACUUUGCCCUUGCUGGGAUCGGCAAACUCAGGAUCUGCACAUAGAUUGGGUCCUUUACAGAGGUCGAUCAUUGAUUCCAGUAUCCUGUGAGGUGGUAAAUGAUAACAUUGAUGGCUUCUACCCUUCCUCUCACUAUCCAAUACACGCCGAGUUUAUGCUUCCCUGUAAUUUGAGGUUACUUGAUGCACUUGCUCAGGAUGGAAACUAAGUGCUGAUGUCUUUUUGAUUAUUGCUAUGAUAUGGAUUGGUAUUUCAUGUACACUAGUCUUGUUUAUUGCAUUCACAUGGUAAAGUUGAUAUAUGAAGAUUU